UGUAGCUCGCCUCGUGAACGCUUCUGUAGCAAUUUCCCGCGCGUUCCCAGCGCCCCUUGCGGCCUUGCUCAUAACUACUACGCGUCAUGUAGACUUUAGUUUGUACAUUGUAGUGGUGACUGAUUAUUGUUUGUUUCCAAAAUAAUAUAAUUUUCUUUGUGUUGGUGCUAUAAAAAGUGGAAAAAGGAUAUUUGUUUUAAAAGGUUUAUCAAGGUGAAUAUAUACGAAAUUUAAAUCGAACAUUAUGAAGCAAACCUUAAAUGGGAAAUCCAAAAAAAAUGGAUAUCACUCGGAUGAUGAUAAUGUAAGAUAUAAAAUUAACACCAAAAUUUUGAAUAGUGCUACAAAAGCAUCAACAUCUAAAAAGGGGACAAGUACUAACGAUGAUGACAAUAUCAGAUAUAAGUUGCCACCACCACCACCUCAGAAAAACAAGUCCAAUGAACGGAAGCCAAAGCUUAAACCGAGGAUAAAAGUUAACUUUUGGAGUAAUAAGCAAACAAGCAGAAUAACCAAACCAGAAAUAAACAAAAGAAGUAAUCGAAGACACACAGUAGGUGGUAGCAUUAAAGAGCUGAUAGUAAAGCCAAAAACUUCAGCUGUGAAAGUGCGCAAGCGAGUUUCUUUCCUCCCUUCCCCGCUUUUCUCUGAUAAUCAUAUACCUAUGGUGACGGUGCCGGACGAUUUGACCAUACAAUUGAAUGAAGAAGAGGCCAAUGACCUUGCUGAUGACCUUAACCUAGCAAAUGCUAAUAGACAAUUGGAACAGAGAUCCAAUGAAAACUCAAAGAAAAAAGCUAGAGCUACAUUAAGCCAGACUAGUCCUACAGGUGCUAAACGUAAAAGAAAUUCAGAUGACGCUGAUCCUAGACAUCAAGGAAAUGAUAAUGAAUUAGAAUUUUUUUCUAAAUAUGUGGUGCAAAAGUUGAGGAGAAUGGAAACAAAUCAGCGAAUUUAUUCUGAAAACUUAAUAAACACUGUCCUUAUGUUGGGGCAGCUUGCUAAACUAAAUGUAAAAUCAAAAAUAUCAGAAGCAUAAUAUUAUAUUUACAAAAGUAUAUUUAUUGAACAUAAUAUUUACAAUAUAUUUGUAAAAACUCCCUUAUACAUUGUAUAUUUGUAGUUAAUUGAAAUUAAGACUUAACUGUUAUGAUUCAAAAUUAAAUAUUAAUGAGCGCAGGCUAUUCUAUAAUAAGCAGUGGUUCUUAUACUUAAAAAAUUUAAUUCGAAUAUUUUAUCUGACUAAAUGGCAAGAAAUUUCACAUUGAUAUAAAAUAUUCUUUAGAUUAUAACCCACUAACUCGCAUUGAAGCAGCAUGGUGGGUAUAGGACCUAAAAUUCGAUCCUAUGAUAAAGAAGUCCUUUGCUCAGCAGUGCAACUUUAUUAGGCUGCGGAUAACAAUAAUUAUAGCAUAGUCUGUACUUAUAGCAUAGCACAUAAUAUGUAUCCUAGGUAACAACAUUUUCACAAAACCAAUCAUGAGUUAAGUAAAUACAAUAUAAAACAGAAUGUUAACUUUGAACUGUCUUAAUUAAAUCACAUUUUUUAAAGUAACUAGUUUGUUAAAUAAAAUGUGUGGUGACUAAAACUAUGUUAUAAAUUCUAUCAUGUUAAUUAUAUGGAUUGUUGUACUUUAAUAUUGUUUUGUAUUUAUCUAAGAAAUUAUAUUGUUGUGUCACUAAAACUUCAAGUGUUCAAAGUUCGUAGUUAUUUUAUAAACCACAAUUAUUUAUGAGAACUCCUUUUAAUGUGAGAUUUUUCAUCAUAUCACCUCACAUUCUCUGUGUUCUUCGCAAGGUUUAGUUUAGAUGAUAACAUUAUUAUGUAAUGUAUUAAGUAUAAAAUGCAAAUUCCAAUAAAACAUGAUGUAGUUAAGCUAGAUUUUGUUACAUAAAUAAGCGCACAGAUAAAAGUAAAUAGUUUAUUGUUGUAAAAUUAUUUUUAUAGCCACUAUGACUUCUGUGUUAAGAAAACUUCAACUUUCAGAAACUUUCUAAAUAAAUCCAAAUUCAUCCCAAUCCAAAAAUGGUUGAUAUUAACAAGUAAUACACACGAAAAAUUGUCUUCAUUAUAUUCAAUUGUAAAAAUUCGGCAUCAAUAUAUUGGUGUUCGGAAAACUCGAAAAGUAGUUAAUGAAUUAUUGACAUGAUGUUGCAUUUCUAAAAUAGUGAUUUUCUUUCUUUUCUAAAAUGUGGCCAGUUUCAUCAUUAUUUUCCAGUUUUGUUAUGUUCUUGCACAUAUUUGCUUUAUUUUUCAUGUUUUAUUUGCUAGAAACAUUGUUUAUCAAAGUGCUUUGUCAAAUGACAUAUUAAUAUUCAGCAGUAACUUCAGGUAAAGCAUAAGACUACAUUAAAUUCAGUCCAGUCCGUGUAUAAACCGAUUAGGGGUAUGUUAGAACUGCCAUACCUCUCACAUUUUAGUUUUAGAAAGCAUCCUCACAUACUACCAGGCGAGACUGUAGAAGUUAAUAAAAUAUAUUCACAUUAAAUAUAACAUAGAAAUAAAAAAGUUAAUAUAUCUACAGGAGCCAGCUAUACCUAUAAGUUCAAUAAUUUUUAUUAUUAUAAAUUAAUAUCAUAAUGUCUAAUGAGAACAUCAAAGAAAUUGCUGAGACUAAAUCUUAUGAGUCUUCAAACUGUUAUCAUCAUCAUAUAAAAUAAAAUAUAAAAUUCAAAUUUCAGCCAGCAUAUGGCUUAACACCUCUAACCUGGUUACGCACAUUGCUGAGCGUAACCAGGUAAGAGUUAAAAUUAAAUAGCACUAUCGAAAUUAAAGAUGCAUCAUCAUGAGAUCUCAUUAACACUUCUUGAUUGACACUGAUUCUCUAGCUGACUUAUGGCAUGAAUUUUCCUAUCUUAUUAUUUAUCUAUAUGUAUUAUAAUGACGCUGAAGAGUUUGGUGUUUUUGUUUAAACAAGCUAAUCUCGAACUGCCAGUCUUAUUAUAUAAUUUUUAAUUUUAUAGCAAUAUUUUUGGGGUCUCGUAGGAACCUAUAAAGCGUGGGCGGGCGGUGCCACGCGGAAGGUCGGGGAAUGUUUAGAAAAGCGGAAGAAAGUUUGUGUGAGACAGAACUAAUAUGCAUAGUAACGAACUUAUAUCUAUAGAUACUCUAUCAGUUUAUGUAGUUUUGUAAAUAUCUUGAUUUGUAUUUUUUAUUUGAAUAUGCUGAAAAAUAUUAAUAUAUUGAAAAAUGAACUUUUCAGCAACAUUGUUAUUGUUUUCUUGUUUUUAAAUUGAAAUACAUUUUUUUUAAAGACCUCUCAAGAUUGUUAUAUUUAGCAAAUAACGAACGACAGAGUAUAGUUUUUCUUGGACACUGAACAAUGAAUACCUUGGUUGAUUUAUCCUGUCAAUAGAUUCAUCCAUCACAACAUAAACCUCUGGGAAAUGGAUGGCAACUCUAUCACUUAUUAAGUUUAGGAUUUAUGAAUGUAAUGUUCUUUCAAGUAAAUAUUAUGUUUAUUUAUGGCUGCGCUAUCCUAAUUUGUGAGUAUUUGGCAUUUGUUUAAAUAUUUUACUUGAAUUAAUUGUAAUAAACGAAUUUAAAUUAUGAAGCAGUGGCCUUGGUAUAAGAUUUAUAUGUAGACAUUUUCGAGUAUCGCAUUUAUACUGUGCAUGUGCACUGUAAUGCUAGAGUAAAAUGGACUUGUCUACCCUGUGUUAAAGCUCAAAUUCGUCCACACUUAUUCAAACCGUUUUCGGGCAGAAUUGCUUUGAUAAUGGACUCUAAAAUGAUUGCCAUAAGAUCCACUUUACUUUGACGACAUAUCGUUUCUAUGCUCGAGAGCGAGUUUACGAUUGCGAGCAUGUAAAGCUUUUACAAAGGGUGCAGUUCAAUGACUAUUUUGUAUGUUUAUAGUAAGAUAAUAUUUUUAUUAGAGUAAAUAUUGAAAUGUUAUUUGAGCAAUUAUGCUGGCUCAAUUCUGGAAAAGCAUGUUUUUUUUUGUUUUGAAUAUAUGUCAAAAGUUGACAACGGCCUUGAUAAAUAAAAUUUAUAACAUUUU